AUGGCUUCCGCAGAAGUGACGAAAGCAAAGAAACGAAUCUACCUCAACUUUUUUGACCAUGGCUGCACUGGUUCACACAUGUCACCAGGCCAGUGGAGGGGCGACGGCGACAAGGGAACAACAAAGGACACCCUAGAAUACUGGACCAAUCUGGCCAAACUUGCUGAAAAAGGCAAAAUAUCAUUCAUCUUCCUCGCUGACAGCUACAACACACAUGAUAUCUAUGGUGGUAGCUCGGACUACAUGCUUCGUGCCGGUGCACACACUGCCACAAUAGACCCUUUCACUGUGAUUCCCGCCAUGGCUGCUGUUACCAAGACUGUCGGUUUUGGAGUUACGGCGAGUACGAGCUACAUGACCCCUUUCUCGUUGGCAAGGACAUUCUCGUCACUCGAUCACCUUACCAAAGGGCGCGUCGCCUGGAACAUAGUCACAAGCUGGAGCAAGAGUGCAGCAAACGCUUUAGGCCAUGACGAUGUCGUCCCGCAUGAUGAGCGAUACGCCGUCGCGGAUGAGUUCAUGGAUAUCAUGUACAAGUUCUGGGAAAGUAAAUACUUGAAGGCUUCUGCGCUCGGCCCACUGCAUCCAUCACCGCAAAGGACCCCCGUGCUCUUUCAGGCUGGUACUUCCAAGGCUGGCAGUGCGUUUGCUGCGAAACACGCCGAAGCCAUCUACGUUGGGGGGCUAGUCCCCGCGCAGACUAAAGGAUCUAUCGCCGGAAUUCGUGCCGCAGCGGCUGAUCGUGGUCGCGACCCUAAGUCGUUGAAGUUCUUCGUUGGUAUUUCAUGCAUAUUGGGCAAGACCAAGGAGGAGGCACAGGCCAAGUACGAAGCAGCCAAGGAGAACGUUGAUAUCGUUGGCGGUCUCGCUCAGUUCUCUGGCUAUACCGGCAUUGACCUGGCUCGAUUCCCCUUAGAUGAUGUGUUUGAGCUCAAAGAUGCGCCUGGUGAUGCCGCAGUCCACACGUUCCUAGAGAACUUCAACAAAGCCACGGGAAACAGUGAGCCUUGGACGCCAAGAAGGCUGGGAGAGAAAAUGGCCCUGGGUGGCUUCCAUCCUCUGCCCAUUGGAACCCCUGAGGUGGUAGCAGACGAAUUUGAGCGGUGGAUUGAUGAGGCAGAUGUAGACGGUUUCAAUAUUGCCUACAUCACUACACCUGGAAGUCAGGAAGACAUAGUUGAGCUGUUGGUCCCAGAGCUUGUGAAACGGGGCCUAAUGUGGGAAGACUACGAAGUUGAAAGCGGAUCACUUAGGGAAAACCUUUACAGUACGCCAGGACAGAAGGAGCUCCCGAAUGACCAUUACGGUCACAAGUUCAAAUGGGGAUCUGGAUAUGAAGGCGAGUCUAUCGAGAAGCUCAAGGCAGAGAAAGCUGCCACCGACACAACAUCGGAGAGCAAGCUACCGCCAAUUCACGCCAUACCUGUAGUCGAGCAGGCGACGGCGUAG